UAGACCACCAGCAGGCCUCCUGUCCUGGGCCAGGACUAGUCCAUAGGUCUCGCUGUGUGAGCCAAUGGAAGGAGGACCCGGCUCAGCCAGUCGUCUCUACUCGUUUCCACUCGACAGCGAUCAUGGACUGCAAUGGUGUCCUUCCCGAAGACACUAACUUGUGUUAGUGUAGCCAUUCGACGUUGAACUGAAGGAGUGCCCGGAGCGGUCUGUCUGUCUGGAGCAGUCAUGGGAGAACUGGAAGGUUCGUACCGGGUCAUCCAGACGCCUGGCACCCGGCUAGGGGCACCGUUUAACGCGGGCAUCAGCACCCUGGAGGCAGGGCAGGCUCUGUCGGCCAACAUGUCCGCUGCGGGGAAGAACUACGGCAGAGGACUGCAAAUGCGAGUGGUGGGCUUGGACGAAUCCCAGGAGUUUUACGACAUGGAGACGAAGUCUCUCGGUCAGACUCUGCUGUCGGAGGUCUUCCAGAGGGGCAACCUCAUCGAGAACGACUACUUUGGUCUGGAGUUCCAGAACACGCAGAUGAACUGGGUGUGGUUGGAGCCCAUCAAGCCCAUCGUGAGACAAGUCAGAAGACCGGCCAACACGCUCUUCAGGCUGUCGGUCAAGUUCUUCCCCCCCGACCCCGGACAGAUCCAGGAGGAGUACACCAGGUACCUGUUCUCCCUGCAGAUGAAGAGGGACCUCAUGGAGGCCAGGCUGCUGUGCACGGAGAACACGGGCGCUCUGCUGGCCUCGCACCUCGUCCAGUCGGAGAUCGGGGACUAUGACGAGCUGGGGGAUCGGGACUACCUGAGGCUGAACACCCUGCUGCCCUACCAGGACAAGGUCCAGGACCGCAUCAUGGACUUCCACCGGAGACACUUGGGACAGACUCCGGCGGAGUCCGACUUCCAGGUUUUGGAGAUCGCCCGCAAGCUGGAGAUGUACGGAGUCCGGUUCCACCCGGCGUCGGACCGCGAGGGCACCAAGAUCAACCUGUCCGUGGCCCACAUGGGGCUCCAGGUGUUCCAGGGAAACACGAGGAUAAACACCUUCAACUGGUCCAAGAUCCGCAAGCUGAGCUUCAAGAGGAAACGCUUCCUGAUCAAACUUCACCCCGAGGUUCAUGGGCCCCACCAGGACACCCUGGAGUUCCUGAUGGGCUCCCGGGACCAGUGUAAGAUCUUCUGGAAGAACUGCGUGGAGCACCACUCCUUCUUCCGCCUGCUGGACCAGCCGCUGCCCCCCACCAAGGCCAUCCUGUUCAGCAGAGGCUCCUCCUUCAGAUACAGUGGGCGGACUCAGAAGCAGCUGGUGGAUUACGUGAGGGACAGCGGCACAAAGCGGACCCCCUACCAGAGGAGAAACAGCAAGAUCCGGAGUUCGGCCCGGUCCCUGGCCUACGACAUGCCCAAACUGAACCUGUCCUUCAGCGACAGUCUGCGGGGCCCGGGGCCCAGGGCCUCGGCCUCGUCGCCUCUCUCCUACCAGCACUCCCUCCUCUCCAGCUCCUCCCUGCAGCGGUCGCCCCAGCCGCCCCUCCCCCUGCUGGGCCACCCCCCCGCGGCGCAGACCCCCCCGGCGCUGGAGCCCCGCCUCCGGCCCCCCCAGACCCACGGGCCGGCGCCCCCCAGCCCGCCGAGGGACGCCCCGGCCGCGGCCCCCGCCCCUUCGCCCCGCUGCGCUGUCCAAGGCACGGCGGUGGACAGCCCCCAGCUGUCGCCCUUCAGCUCCAAGGACCCCCUAUGCCCCGCCUCCCCGUCCUUCCAGAUGUCCACGCUCAGCCUCCCGGGCCACGCCUCCCCGCCCCCCCACGGCCCCGCCUCCCAGGUGGGCCCACGGCUAGAUGAGGAUGAGGAGGGGAGGAGGAAGCGGUACCCAGCUGAUAAAGCGUAUUUCAUCGCCAAGGAGAUCCUGACGACGGAGCGGACGUACCUGAAGGACCUGGAGGUCAUCACCGUGUGGUUCCGCAGCGCGGUCAUCAAGGAGAACGCCAUGCCGGAGGGCCUCAUGACCCUGCUGUUCUCCAACAUCGACCCCAUCUACGAGUUCCACCGCGGCUUCCUGAAGGAGCUGGACCAGAGGCUGGCCCUAUGGGAGGGGCGCUCCAACGCCCACGUGAAGGGCGACUACCAGAGGAUCGGGGACGUCAUGCUGAAGAACAUGACCGCGCUCAAGGAGUUCACGGGCUACCUGCAGAAGCACGACGAGGUGCUGACGGAGCUGGAGAAGGCGUCGAAGCGCGUGAAGAAGCUGGAGACGGUGUACAAGGAGUUCGAGCUGCAGAAGGUGUGCUACCUGCCCCUCAACACCUUCCUGCUGAAGCCCAUUCAGAGGCUCAUGCACUUCAAGCUCAUCCUGGAGCGGCUGAGCAAACACUACCCCCAGGACCACCCGGACCACCACGACUGCAGCGAGGCGCUGAAGGAGGUGGCGCAGAUCGCGGCGCAGCUCCAGAGCAGCCUGAUCCGUCUGGAGAACUUCCAGAAGCUGACGGAGCUCCAGAGAGACCUGGUGGGGGUGGAGAACCUCACCUCCCCCGGCCGGGAGUUCAUCCGGGAGGGCUGUCUGUACAAGCUGACCAAGAAGGGUCUCCAGCAGCGCAUGUUCUUCCUGUUCUCAGACAUGCUCCUCUACAGCAGCAAGGGCGUCACCGCCACCAACCAGUUCAAAGUGCACGGACAGCUUCCUCUGCACGGCAUGAUCGUGGACGAGAGUGAGAGCGAGUGGUCCGUCCCCCACUGCUUCACCAUCUACUCUGCCCAGCGCACCGUGGUGGUGGCGGCCAGUUCCAAGAUGGAGAUGUCCAAGUGGAUCGAGGAUCUGAACACGGCCAUCAACAUGUCCAAGUCGUCCAACGACAAGUCGGACAUCUUCUUCGACGCGGGGAUGAGGGAUCGCUCCAACCGGUCCUCUGACGAGGUGUCGGUGGAGCAGGAGUCGGAGGACGAGAUGAGCUCCUCUCACGGCUCCCUGGACAAGCAGGCGCACCACCGCGCCAACACCACCCUGCACGUCUGCUGGCACCGCAACACCAGCGUGUCCAUGUCCGAUCACAGCCUGGCUGUGGAGAACCAGCUGUCGGGGUACCUCUUGAGGAAGUUCAAGAACAGCAACGGCUGGCAGAAGCUGUGGGUGGUCUUCACCAACUUCUGCCUGUUCUUCUACAAGACCCACCAGGAUGACUUCCCAUUGGCCAGCCUCCCGUUGCUAGGCUACACGGUCAGCACCCCCGAGGAGGUCGACGGGAUCCACAAGGAGUACGUCUUCAAGCUGCAGUUCAAGUCCCACGUGUACUUCUUCAGAGCGGAGAGCGAGUACACCUUCGAGAGGUGGAUGGAGGUGAUCAGGAGUGCAGCUGGGAGGAUGACCCUCCUCGUUCCCAGAGUCCCCGCCGAGCUCAACAGGAAGUGACACGCCCAGCUCAACAGGAAGUGACACGCCCAGCUCAACAGGAAGGGAGCCGGACUGCUGGGGGUGAUGAAGGGAUCAGGGUGCAGGGGGGCCCCCCGGACGACCAUAAAGACUUUGGAACCACUGGGCUCACCCACUGGGUGCCACCGCUGGCUGAAAGGACCCUGGGACGUUCUGAAGAAUACAUUCUACUCGCCUUGUGUAGAAUAAAUGAGUGUUUAUUCAGCUGUGUCCUGAGUGAGGUUUAUUCCCUCGUUAUCGAGGGGUUAGGGCGAGGUGUGUAUCGAGACGGUAAAAAGGCAAGUGUGAUACUCAGGCUGGGAGAAUAUGGAGGCAUAUUGGCGUCACUAAGCUUCUUAUUAUAUCGUGGGAGCAGCAUGCUAACGGGAGGUGGGCAUUUUGCAUGCUAAGAGACGGUUGGCAUAUUAGCAUGUUGCAUGCUAAGGGACGGUUAGCAUGCUAGCAUGUUGCAUGCUAAGUGGCGGUUAGCAUGUUAGCACGUUGCAUGCUAAGUGGCCGUUAGCAUGUUAGCACGUUGCAUGCUAAGUGGCGGUUAGCAUGUUAGCACGUUGCAUGCUAAGGGACGGUUAGCAUGCUAGCACGUUGCAUGCUAAGUGGCGGUUAGCAUGUUUGCACGUUGCAUGCUAAGUAGCAUGUUAGCACGUUGCAUGCUAAGUGGCGGUUGUCAUGUAGAAUGGCGGGAGAGUUGGGCGCAGUGAGGAAGAGGAACAGAAGGUUGAGAGGAAGGUGCGUGGAGCACACCAGUGUCCUCGUUUAAGGGCAGAAGUGAAAGUGUGUUUAGAAAGUUAAAGUAUCGUCGACGGAAGAGGGAUCAGCAGAGUUGAGGGAGGGUUUGAGGGAAGUAUUCAGGCCUGCUUCAGUCUGAAGUGGUGGAAAAUGUACUUGUUUUUCCUUACCGUUGGAUUAUUUUCCGACGGACAAUGCAUAGUUGGGUCGGUUUUGGAGAGCAAACUUGUAUAGGCUAGAGUAGAGAUGACAUUACCACCGAUAGUAUAUCUGUUUGAUUUUUUCAUUGCAUUGUUUUUCAACCUUAUUUAACUGUUAAGGCCAGUCUUUUGUGUGAAAGGGAGAUGUAUUUUUCUGCUUAUGGAGCAACGGUACAUUAAUGAAGGGAUUCUGCUGAAGAUGCAUCAAUCGUCUGGGAGAUGGAUGGGGAUCAAUCAGCAGGGCUUUGCUGCCAGAGUAAAUAAUCAAGAGUUUACUUUAUGGCUUAACUUGUAAUCCAGUUCAAUGUUCUGGUGCUCUUUACCUAUAAAGUUGUUCAUGUCUUUAACCUCUUUAAUUUAUUGUUUGUUGAGGGUCUGUGUGGAGAUGAUGUGAUGACAAACUAAGCAGUUUUUCCUUCAUGUUUCUUGUCGAUUUCUGAUGAAGUGAAACAGAGACGAGACAUUUUACCCGCCAUAUAAAAGGCGGUUAAGAUCUGAGGUCUUUGCUCACAGCUGGAUGCCGAAUGACGUGAACCACUGUAUUAUUAGGAUGUUUCAAUGAAAACUGGAAUAUUUCAUUGUGUGUGUGUUAUUUGCCUAGCUGGUGUAUAAUUAACACCCUAACCAAACCUUCAUCUCACCUCGGCUGAAGUUCUCAAGCAUCCAAACUUUUGUAAAAUGUUUAAUGAUCUUGUGAUCUGUUGUCAUGCCUUGUGUUACUGCAUUGUUCAGCAAAUAAAAUAACGUUUUUCUCGCAGCUCCUCAGUUUGAUGUUAUAA